CGUGCAGAAUAUUCUCGCCACAAUUGGGGUUCUUUUUUUACUGGGCAAUCUUAAGGCGUUACCAGGUGCAUGGCAUGUACGUUUCUAACUACUUCAUCUUACAGAUUAUCUGAAUACUGAAUAUAUGAUACUAACGACAAUAGAUCCGCGUCAUAAAAGGCAUCCUCACCCAACUCCACCUCACCCCCUGCCCCUCCAAAUCAACCCCCCACAUCACCAUCUCCAACGUCUCCAAACGCCCCUACCUCUUCGCCUACCUAAAAACAACAACCACCACCAUCCCCCUCGAAUGCGACUACAACCUGCACAAAUCUAACAGCACCUUCUUCACCGACCUCGACGUGCACCGCACCCAGCUGCUCGCGAAUGUAUUCCGGCGCGUCCUCUCCGCAUCUUUCAUCGAUAAGAGCCGUAGGAAGACGCAGUUGUAUAGCGCGCUGGGCGGGUCGUGCUGUAUGUAUAAGCGUGAGAUUGCGCCGUUUCAGAAAUACGGCAUGUGGUCGCGCGUGCUGGGGUGGGAUGGGAAGUGGAUUUAUUUGGUUAGUUUUUUUGUAAGGGAGUCUGCUGAUGAGGGGGGUGGUGGGUUUCCGAAAGAGGAGGAUAUAUAUGCGUCGUGUAUUGCGCGGUAUGUGUUCAAGGAUGGACGGAAGACAGUUUCGCCGAUUGAUGUGCUUCAUGAGACGGGGUUGAUUCCGUCUGAUGAGGAGAAGGAUGAUAAGAAAGAAGAUGGAAAAUGGAGCUGGAAACAGUUUCAAGAAGAGAGAGAUCGGGGAAUGGAGAUGGCUGGUUUGCUGGCUGGGUUGGAGCGUUUGCCGAGUCGAUUUGAUCCGGCUGAAGCGGGGGUUUUGUGAUUUUAUCUAGUAUCAUCAUAUCAGUUAGUAGACAGAUGAUACUCAUAUCGAGAAGUCCAUGUUCAUCCAGUCAAUUCCGGCAUCUAUACCCUGGCCAGACCAGAAUGAAUCCUGCUCAUGAUUCUCCCAGGGACCAUUGUAUGAAAAGAACAUAUCGUCUGAUAAAGUGGGUAAUAAAAUGAGGUUAUCAUCAGACUGGGGCUGAUCAGGAACACGGCUGUCAGAUGCAGGAUUCACAUCUCUGCUAUGUUCUUGAGCGCCAUCAUUCCUACGACUAAUCUGCACCAGACCAAAAUACGGCACGGAAAUCUGUCUC